UCCACACAGAUUCGCCCCCUCACGCUGCAAGCGGACGCCAGUGCUUUACGGUGCCUUGUCGCGAGCACGAGCAGCGCCGCAGCCGGAUGGCCUCAUCGAGUCUAUAGAGCUAAUCGAGCCGAAGUCGCUGCAUAUCAGUCGAGGACCGUUCGGACCAUUGACCAUAUUGAACUGACCGCAAAAAGUGGUGUGGCCACCAUGGCUGGCGUCAAAUUUGGCGUGGCUUGUUUGUUUUUGUUGCUCGUGUGUUCUGUGCGGCCGGGAGCUUCCAGAAAAGUCGAGCCGAAAAAGGAUCACUGUAACAAGACUGUGGAGAUCUACGAGGACGUCUCAAGUCCCGAGGUGACUUCGAUUAACGAAGGCAAACCCAUGACUUGCUGGUAUCGAUUCCGCUUGUUCCGGGGCACGCCGCGUGAUUGGAUUAUGAGGAUAAAAUUCAAGAAAUUCAAAGUUGGCACCCUGGUGAACGCGACUACAUGCGUCGGCGGAUAUCUGCAGAUUGUGGACGGCAACACAAAGACUGAGGUGAGCAACCGCAGAGACCCGGGCGUGUUCUGCGGCGAGAUCGAGCAGCCCCAGACCUUCAUCUCCGAAACCAGCUUCGUUAAGGUCCAGUUCCACACAGACAACUUUACCGAUCAGACUUACUUCACUUUCGACUCCCGUGCGGAGCAGCAGUUUGAGGUCUACCUCCGCUAUGGACAACACCAAGAGCUUUACCCUAACAGGCGAGGCCAGCCCGUUGCCAACACUUACUGCGAGCGUGUUUUCCGCGACUGCAGGCUGCAGACCUGCUACGUGCAAAGCCCCGCUUAUCCCGGCAUAUAUCCACGCAACUUGCACUGCAAGUAUUACCUCAACACCCGCCUUCCUUUCAUCAAACUUUAUAUCGAAAAUGAAGAGUUUAAUAUUGAUGGGCAGAGGUGUGAAAAUAUCAUGACAUGUCCGAUGAGACCGAUUUCAGCCACGGACUGCCCCUACGAUUACCUGAGGAUUUACGACGGAAAAGAUGAAACUGGUCAAAUUAUCGGCACUUUCUGUGGUAUGGGAAAAUUCCCGUACUCGAUAAUCGGCACCAGCGAGGACCUGUUUGUGGAGUUCGUGACCUCAGAGGCAGGUCCUCUGCUCAACACUGGCUUCCACUUCAACGUGGGCAACUGGCCAGGCCACGUGGAGACGGCCGGUGUUAGGAACGGCACGUGCAACUGGAUCAUGACCAGUGAGCAACUGACCCAAUCUGGAGACUCGGAGGGUAUUUUCCUCUCCGUGGCCCACUGGUAUCCACCACAUACUUCGUGCACCUAUCUUAUCAAGGGAAAAGCUGGCGAGGUCGUCCGACUUUAUUUCCCGAGCUUUAGAAUCAAUCGCAUCGAGUCUCCCAUUCGCCACUUCGAUGGCGACUGCGGCGAGUCCUUGACUAUUUACGACGCAUCCUGGCCAGACGAUUCGAAAAUCAUCAAAACCUUCUGUGACACUUUUUCGAAAGCAAUGGAAAAGCACGAUUUUGUCUCCACUACUGAGUCGCUUUUUGUUCGAUUUGAGAGUAAAACUGGCAGCUAUAGCGGUUCCUCCCUCUAUUACUGGGCACACUAUGACUUCUUCGAUGAUAGGAAAAGUGGAGAGGCACUUCCAGGAACACAGUGCGAUGAAACGUUCCACAGUUGGAAACGCAGUUACGGUAACCUGCGCAGUCCGCGAAACACUCUCGUUUACAAGAAGAGUGCCAGCACGGGCGAAGACGUUAGCUGCACUUACAGGUUCAUCACGGACAAACGAGUGUUCGGCAGGGUCAUCCUGACCAUCACCAACAUUGCGUUCAAGGACCAUCCAUACACCUCUGUGCCGUGCAACGAGUGUUGGAACGAACAAAUCGAUAGACUGCAGAUUUGGGAGCCAACAAAUCUCAAUCUCACUGAUGGAAACAGACUGGGUUGUCUGUGCAAAGACAACGCGAAGACGCUCCUUCCGUUGACUCUGGUGUCCAAGGGUGAUAGAAUGAACGUCCGCCUCUUGGUGGAACAUAGCCACGCCGCGUCAAAUUACUUCAAACACCCGGCGCCGCUGUUCGAAGCGCGAUACCAGUUCAUACACGGCCCUGCGUGCGGCCCAGCCACUAUUUCUGCCUCCAACGACGGAGAACUGCACUUCCCGCACAAGGAUUACUACAUGCAAACGCACUAUGCCUCACCACAGUACUACUACGCUGACAGCACGCACCAUCAAAGCACAAGUGCACCUCACGAGCAGGAAAAUGUCGUCAGGUGCAUUUGGGAGUUAAAGGUCCACAAAGACCGCGACUUGUGGCUGCAUGUAGACAAAAUCAAAUUCUCGUCUCGCUCUUGCGAAGACGGCCGACUGGAAUUCUAUCUGCCUCACAACGGCGGUGCUGUUGGAGCCGCCGUCGGCGCUGAGCCGUGGAUGCGCAUCUGCGGCGAGAACGUGAGCCAGGCUAAGGACAUUCCAAUCGUGACCAACGCAGAGCUGCUGAACACCGACUUUGAGGCUGUCGAGGACAACCUGCUGUCCUCGUCCAUCUUUAUCCACUUCUACGGCCGGUUGCCGGCCAGGUCUGCCUUUAAACUGGCCUGGACCGAACUCUUCCACCUGCCGAGGAACUCGGACGGCUCUGUGGCAACGCAGAGACUCAGCGCCGACUGCGAGUUCCUCUGUCCAGGGGACUCGGGAGCGUGCAUCUCGUCGCGUCUCGUGUGCAACGGCGUGCAGAAUUGCCCGAACGUGAGCGCUGCGGUGACUGCGGCGGCGGCGACAGGCGGCGCCGAGGUGCAUCACGACGAGUCGCCCGACCUGUGCAAGUCGCACCUGCCCGAGCAGGUUAACUGGCUGGCGAUCGCGUUGGGAGCAACCGUUGGCGCCGCGGUCGCAGCCUGCUUCAUCGGAAUGUUGUGCCGCGCGUGCCACAAGCGCAGCGACGACGACGAGCCCUACUGAUGUUCGAUCAAGCCCACGUCGCUUGCCUCUUCAAACGACUCGUCGUGGCAGCGCCAAUGGGAGUUCACCUAUAUCCAUGUGUGAUCACCCUCACCCCCUGCGCGACUUCCUCUUGCUCCGAGGUUUUGGCAGGUUUCACCUCUUGUGUUCCUAUUCAUUACAACAACGUUUUCUAGAUUAAACUGUCAUCUUCUAUUGCUUACACUGUGUGACUGGAAAUUUGUGUUUUUUUUUUUAAAGUUCGAGUAGCUUGGUAUGUCAGUCAAAUUUCCAACUCUCUUGAUCCGGUUUAUUUUACUGAUUCAAAACAAAAAUAUAAUAAUUUACAAAUAUGAAACCUGUCACUUCCAUGGUUCACCCUGUGCCUGUAAAUCGUAGAUGCUGCACGCGGUCACCACCCACUUGGUUUUUCAUUAUUUAAAAACUCUGUAAAUGUAGACCCCGACCGAUCGAAUUCAUUGUCAAACCCCUUUUGUGAUAAAAACAUGAACUAAAAUUAACUCAGCCAGUGCGAGUGUAUGCGAACGAGCGGCACUUUUGGUGGGUUGGUCCACGGAACGCUACCUACCAACGAGCUGAUGCCGAGUUGCUGAAUUAAUCGCGUCGUUUUUAAUCGGAGCGUGUUAAAUGAUUAGUGGCGUGCAUAAUUGAUGGACUUUUUGUAUUAAUUGCCGAGCGUGUGUGCAGCCAGGCAGAUCCAAUCAGCUUUGCUGGGAUAAUGGCCAACGACCCACGGCCGCUGAUGAAAACAAACGUGUUUUGCAUAAAUAAUGAGACGCUGUUGGUUGCGUAAAACUGAAAUACUAUAUGCAUUUAUUAAUUAAUUAAAUAUAAUGACACCGCGUUGUUGAAAAACCCGAUUUAGACGAAGCAAGAGAGGACGAGAGUGAGAAAGCGAGAGUGAAAGUUUGUAUGCGUCACGAUUUGGCUGUCAGUUUUGGCACUUUUCAUUGUAGAUGUGGAUUAGUGUGCCUGGUGUUAUUUCAGGAAACGUAUAAUUACAUAAUUGAACUCACAGAGCCGAGGUUUGAAGUUUGUAUUAACUGUACUGUAUAUCAAAAUUGUAAAUUUGUGGUGGAGGAAGAAUUGUUUCAGCAUUUUGUCAAAGGAAGCACUAUUUUGAAGCAAAAGAGAUCAGCACUUUUCUCUUAUCUACUAAAACCUCCUUAUGCAACCCGCGCAGCCUGUCUGUCGAGCCGGAUGCAUAGUCUAUGAAAAAAAUACUGUCCUCAAUAGAUGAAAGCGGAGGAGAAUUUUAAUAAGACGUAAGCUCGUUUUGUUAAAUAUUUUCAAGUAAUGUAAAGCAGAAUAGUAGGGCUAGCCAAGGAGGUGGAUUAGCUAGGUUUUUUACUAGACACAGAAUGCAUACACAACAAACAGGCUAGAGCGUAGAAUUAUGGGAGCUUCAUUUUGUAUAUAAAGCGAACGGAAAAAACGACGAUUCAUUGUAAAUGUCUUUUCGUAAAAGGAGAGAAAAAUAAUUCAAUACAUGAAGCCUCAUAUUUAACAAUGUGAUGAUAUAUUUUUUAAUAAAACACAAGAGAAAAUUAUGUUCAA